GUGGUCACAAUGCCUGAGUAUCUGAAGAAGAGGUUUGGAGGACAGCGUAUUCGCAUCUAUCUCUCUGUGCUGUCCCUCUUCCUGUAUGUGUUCACCAAGAUCUCAGCAGAUAUGUUCUCUGGCGCCAUUUUUAUCAAUCAGGCUCUUGGGUUGAACAUCUACCUAGCUGUUGUCCUGCUACUAAUGAUUACUGCGCUGUACACCGUCACAGGUGGACUGGCUGCAGUGAUCUACACAGACACCUUACAGACUGUCAUCAUGAUUGUUGGAUCAUUCAUCCUUAUGGGCUUUGCUUUCCAUGAGGUGGGAGGUUAUGAAAACUUCAUGGACCGCUACAUGACCGCCGUCCCUGCCAUCACGGGUAACAUCAGUGAAAGCUGCUACGAGCCUCGGGCAGACUCUUUCCAUAUUUUUAGGGAUCCGAUCACAGGAGACCUGCCAUGGCCUGGCCUGGUGUUUGGACUCACCAUUCAGGCCACCUGGUACUGGUGCACUGAUCAGGUGAUUGUCCAGCGCUGCCUCUCAGCCAAGAAUUUAUCUCAUGUUAAGGCUGGCUGCAUCUUAUGUGGCUACCUGAAGCUGUUGCCUAUGUUCCUCAUGGUGUUCCCCGGGAUGAUCAGCAGGAUCCUCUACGCUGAUGUGGUGGCAUGUGUGGACCCUGAUGAAUGUGUAAAAUACUGCGGGGCCAGUGUGGGCUGCACCAACAUCGCUUAUCCCAAACUGGUGGUGGAUCUUAUGCCCGAUGGUCUACGAGGACUCAUGCUGUCUGUGAUGCUGGCCUCUCUGAUGAGCUCCCUCACCUCCAUCUUCAACAGUGCCAGCACUCUCUUCACCAUGGACAUCUACACUAAGAUUCGCCGCACCGCCAGUGAAAAGGAACUCAUGAUCGCUGGCAGGGUGUUCAUUUUGGUUCUGAUUGGUGUGAGUAUUGCAUGGAUCCCUGUGGUACAGUCAGCCCAGAGUGGUCAGCUCUUUGACUACAUCCAGUCCAUCACCAGCUACCUCACACCACCCGUUGCAGCUGUCUUCAUGCUUGCCAUCUUCUGCAAACGUGUUAAUGAGUCUGGUGCGUUUUAUGGCCUCAUGAUUGGCCUGCUUAUAGGCCUGUCCAGGAUGAUUGCUGAGUUUGCUUAUGGGACAGGUAGCUGUGUUAACCCCAGUAACUGUCCCACCAUCAUAUGUGGAGUUCACUAUCUCUACUUUUCCAUCAUCCUGUUUGUCAUCUCCUGUAUCAUCAUCCUGGGAGUCUCUCUCGUCACCAAACCAAUCGACGACAAGCAUUUGUAUAGGCUGUGCUGGAGCCUGAGGAACCGUACGGAGGAGAGGGUGGACCUUGAAAAAGAAGACUGGGUUGAUAACAAUGAUUCCGACUAUAUGGGCAUGGAGGGUAAGCACAAGCAGACCUUCCUCAUUCCCUUUGUCUCUUCCAUCACAGAACCAGAGGAGGAGCCAGGCUUGUGCAAGAAGGCCUUGAUGUGCUUCUGUGGCCUGGAGGACAAAAAGGCCCCGAAGCUGAGUGCAGAGGAGCAGGCAGAGCUGCAGAAGAAGCUCACAGACACCACAGAGAGGCCUCUAUGGAGGAACAUUGUCAACGCCAACGCCAUCAUUCUCCUGGGCGUGGCUGUCUUCUGUCAUGGUUUUUAUGCUUAAAGAAUACUGACUGACUCCAAUUGCUCUGGGAUAAUUUAUAUUUAAGUGACAGCACUUUAUACGAAUGUAAUUUAUGACCAAAGAACUGUAGCCCACAACCCUCUAUAAUAAGAUAAUGCACAUGUAUAUCCUCCUACUCUGUGUCAUUAAGUAACGCUUUAUUUGACAUGUCCCUUUUAUUCUAAUAUCCUGUAAAUUAAGUAAUUUGCAGGUAUUUAACAGAGAUUUUUACAGAGAGGGUGUUUUUUCUGGAAUAUUUUGAAAGAAAAAACAGAUGAAAGUGUUAAGUUGGUUUAGUUGGUAAGUUCAUUUUAUUUGGGUUCAUACAUAAUUAUUCAUUUGCUUAAAAAUCUUAAUAAGUUAGACUCUUUAACUGACAGAAAAUACUGAGUUUUCAGUGUGUAGUUUUGUGUGUCAAACUACAUACUAGCAAAUUGGGUUGUUUCUUAAAAAAACUCUAAAAUGAGCACAUUUCCUGUAUACUACCAAAUACACAACUCUUUCAAAAAAAUAUCCUAAGAAUUAACAGUUACACAGCAGCUACUAAUAUGCUAGU